AUGACCGUUCAAACGCCGCAAGUCGACUAUGAUGACUUUACCAAGGGCCAAAAGAUCCACUCGCCCCACUUGAUCCUUGCCAACGAAGACGUGGUGGUCGCCCAGCUGGAAGAAGCGGGGGGUGAAAUGGCAUAUGCCGUCAAGGGGUACCGCGAUGCGAACUUCUUUGUGUAUCCGCCAGGAUUGCUGCGAAACCCUCAACGACACAAAGUGAUCAUGACAAGGCACGAAACAGUCAACAGGCGCAUGAAGUAA